UGUAGAGCGUGUUCUGAGCUAAGUUACCCAGAAACCAUGUUGUAGUUGCUCAGCAGCUCACAGAUAGGUUCUUUCACGGACUUCGAUGACCACAACUUUCUAGUCGAACCUCCGGGCAGAUUCAGAGGUUAUCCGGCGGUUUCUUUCUCAAAAGAACACAGCAGAUUCAGAGGUUCGGCGGUUUCCAGUCGAACCUCCGGGCAGAUCCAGGUUCUAUCCUAUAAUUUUUCGUUUUUCUCUGGUUGGGACCUUCUCUACUGGGCGACCCCCUCUGGCGGCUAUUCGGAAGGCCUUCAAGGCACUGGGGUUCUCCAAACCCAAUUCAGUUGGUCUCCUUCGAUCUAAUAUGCUCUUGAUAAAUUUUCAAUCCGAUUUUGACUUUCAGCGAUUUUGGAUUAAAAAGAACUGGGAUUUCUUUGGCUUUUCGAUGUCUGUAUCUAGAUGGACCCCGUCUCUCUUCGGAUCGGGACCCCUCUCUGGCUCCGGUUUGGGUAGUUUUGGAGGGGCUGCCGAUUCACCUACAUGACGUCCGCGCACUAUUCUCUAUCGCUGGACUUCUGGGAAAACCUCUGAAAAUCGAUUCCCCAACUGCCAAUUUUUCUAGACCAUCAAUGGCUAGAGUUUGCGUUGAAAUGGAUAUUUCAAAAGCCCUCCGUUCUAAAAUUUGGAUCGGUAAUGGUGUAACAGGUUUUUUCCAGUCUGUUCUGUACGAGAAUUUACCUGCCUACUGCAAUUCAUGUUACAGGUUUCGUCACUCUAAAUGUGUCCAGAAGGACAAAGGUCCCAAUUUGGAACAAACUCCUAUGAUGAUCCAACCCAAUUUGGAUUAUGAGGUUACUGCUGCCCAGCUUACACACCCUGUGUGUGCAAAAGAAAAAUGUGAUCCCAGAGGAAUAACCCCCCCUCCCCCCCCCCCUCCCUUUGAUCUUGACGCUAUAGAUACGCCCCUUCUGCUACAGAUCUUGGCAUAUUUACUCUUGAAGCUCACUGUGAUCUGGUUGAGUGUGUUCAACCCCAAGAUUUUGCCUCUAACGAGCUCCAAAGCUAUACAGUGGCCUUGCAUACUGAAGUUACGCAGAGUGACACCCCUUUGGAGGCAGUGAUCCCAGAAAACAGUCCCAAAACUGAUGUCCAACUCAUGGAAUCUGACUUUGGAGACUGUACUACUUCAGAACAUGCCCCAACCUCCCCCCCUUUGAUGUUGCCUAUAAAGAUCCCCCUUGAUACAAAUCUUGGCAAGCCCUGCACAUUGUUAAACCCUGUGAAUCCGGCAGCUUGUGCUGUCGUUGUUAGCCAUAAAAUUGCUAAUACGGCCAGACCUUUAAAGGCACAGGCACUUUCUGAAAAUGCAGUAGCUCUUCUUGAUACUGAAGAAACAGUGGUAGCCCAAGCAUUAUUUUCUAUUGAUGAUAUAGUCCCUGAAAACGAAUGUGAUGAAACCUCAGUGGCCACCCUACACGAGGCGGUAACCGAGGAAUUUCAUAAAUUGGAUACCUGUGAUGCUGGCAAGGAUGAGCUUGAGACCCCACUUGGAAAUGAUGAGAUCCUCUCUGAUCCUACGCUUAGAUGUGCAGUUACUACACCUGUCCCAAUCUUGUCCAGUGAUGAAACUAUCUCUGAGGACACUAGAACACUAACUUUUUCUUUUUCAGGUCAAACAGAUAAUCUCGAAGAAGGAAAUCUUGAAGGAUUUACAUAGGUAAAAAGAAGUAGCAAAACCACAAUAUCGAAAACCCAACCAAAUGAAGCUACACAAGAGGUACAACAAUACUACGAGGUGGGAUAUACAUCUCAUCCCAUGAUCACCAGAAGUCACUCAAAAAAACCUCAAAAUGAAGAAGACUAUUUUCUCUACCCAGUUGACGAAAGGUUUGACUCACCGCAUAAACUAGCGGCAGCUCUACAACGUUUCAGGUUAUCUCACCCAGAGGAAACAACAUUCAGGCCAUAUCAGAAUGUCAUCAAGUUUCAUAACAAACAUAACAGAGGAAUAUCUGCCGCAAUUGGGAUCCCCUCAAAGAAUUUCAAUUGUUGAUGUACUUUUUCAUUUUUGUUUCACUUUUCUUGUUCUUCAAUCUCAUCAAAUGUAAUUUCAUUUCCCUUGUACUCACAACUUUAUUUUAAUAAAUUAGGGAAGUGUUCCAAAAAAAAGAAUUAUAGCAGUAGAAGAGAAAUUUAACAUCAACAUAUACCGUGUAUUAAGAAUAAUGAAUCCAUGAUGAACAAUACACAGUACUCGAA